GCUUGCCUUAGAAGGACGUUUCAGCACGUCUUUAGAGACCCUUAUUUCUUAUUCUACAAAGCAACAUGUUGAAAUCUAUUUCCAAUCUUCAUUUAAACAGGAAGAAGUCGGACGACGGCGAGCAGUUGGUCGAUUUCCCAUCAUCAUCUGGAGAUGAUGCCUCACUUAUUACGAAGCUGCGCAAAGGCUAUCAACUUGGGCGUCCAGCACUGGUGAAGAAAACCGGGAAAUACCGCGUUACCUACAAGGGCCUGUCCUCCUCCGAGCGGCGCUCGUUCGCCUUAGACUUGUUCCAAACUCUCAUAGACCUAAAAUGGCGAUGGGCAACUCUGGUAUUUGUGUUCACCUUUUUCAUUGUAUACUUUGUAUUUGCGGUAAUAUGGUACAUUUUGGCAAAAGCGCACGGUGACUUUGAAAAUCUUAAUAAUCCAACGUGGACACCUUGCAUAGAAAGGGCAAAAACGUUUGCCGAUCUUCUACUGUUCUCAAUAGAGACACAAACGACAAUCGGGUAUGGAACCUUCUAUCCAAACACGUCAUGCAGUGGCAGUUUGUUACUUGUCUUCGUUCAAAUCACCGUGGGCUUUCUCUUGGAAACGCUUCUGGUCGGGUUUCUUCUAGUGAAGUUGUCAAGACCAAAGCACAGACGGCAUACACUUCUGUUUAGCGAAAAGGCACUCAUUUGCAAAGAAGACGGAGACCUUUGUUUGGAAAUACGAGUUGGGGAUUUGCGGAAAUCCCAUCUCGUGGAUACUUCAUCCUUUGGAAUCUUCGUCAGCGAAAAGGUUUCCAAAGAGGGAAUCGUUUACCCUCUGUACCAGCAACAGAUGGAGUUUGAGGCACACCAAAUGCAGGAUCGGGUCUUCAUGAUGUGGCCGCUGAUAUUGAGACACAAAAUUAACGAAGACAGUCCCUUGUAUGAGAUGACGUUUGAUCAAAUGUUGUCAAAUACGUUUGAACUUAUCAUUAUCUUGGAAGGAACCAUUGAAGCAACCGGAGAAAUAUGCCAAGCCAGAACAUCGUAUUCAUCGAAAGACAUCGUUUGGGGCCACCGCUUUGUCAACAUGAUCGACUUUGACAACGACAACGGUCAGUGGAGCGCCAACUUCGAGAAAUUCAACGCCACGGUCCCUACCCCCACCCCGAAAUGCAGCGGGAAACAGCUGGCGGAGAUUUACGGAGCGUCCAGCCGGACAAACCAGGCGCAGGAGACGGAGAACCUCGGGGGAACGUUCUGGAGGUCCCAGAGUCAAAUCAUCACCCCCAUGACAGAGGAGACCAGUCUUACAAAGAUACCUGACCGACGGUAAGACCCCGAUCUUACCGACAUAGUAGAGCACCAUUGUCCUUUAGCGGAUUCCAGUCCCAGCACCUAGAAAUGGGCCGCGUUCUCAACAUCUACAAAUGACCCGUUACCAGUCUAGUUUUCAAAUUAUGUGUACUGUAGAAAUGGCAUUCUGCAAAACUUUGUUAAUUUUAGUUUAUGCCAAAGCCAAACUGUAGUUUUUAAUUUGAAGUACGUAUGUACUUGUGUGUUCUAUUAUUGCAUGUAGCUACAUGUAGGUUAUUAUUCGUCAUUUAAUAUUUUUUAUCUGCAAGUCCUGGUGGGGUGAAACUCGAAAAAUUGAAUUGUCUUUAAAUGACCUGUGCUAUGCUCAUAUAAAAUUGAGCUCAAUUAAUGAUAUUAAUUCCUUCUAUAAAUCCACACUCGUUAGAAAUAGAUUAUGAUAAUAUGAUACAUACAUGCAUAUAUAGAUUGUAGAAUGGUGGUUCAAAUUCUAUUUUUUAUUUUUGCAAAGACAAUCCUUACAUAAAUUUGUCAACGAUGAAUCGUAUUAAAGGUUUACAUUUCUCUAUUGAAAAUAUAUUAAUGAAAACUCAGAUAAUGUAUACUUGAAUAUUCUUCAUUUGCCAUAAUUAAACGAAAUAGAUAAGGAGCGCCUACGAUUUUCUAGUAAUUUGUCGGGUUUUUUUUAUCAAUAUUAUAUGCGUGUUUUAUUUUAUUAAACUAACACAUUUUCAAAAGGGCGUUUCAUUUUUCAAGUUUCACCUCGGGAUAAUUCUACAAUUAUGAUAUAAUGAAUUUGUAAACGAAAUCCGAAAGUUCAUAUAGUAUCCACCGCGCGUGCGCAGUCCCAUACCAAACAAUAGGGAGAGUGAUGUCUCUUUCAUUCAGCUUAUCUUUGAAAUGUAGUUAGAUGUUAAACUUUAUAUUAUACUUUCAUGAAACAUUUUUGACUUUGAUGAACAUUCAUAUUCCAUUAAAUGACUCAUAUUUCUAAUCACA